AUGUCGUCGCGCCAGCCCAGAUUCAACCAGCAAGCCCUCAUCGACACGACCCCUCUGCCCGACGACAUCCCCAAGGUCAAGGAGCUUGGAGCCAGUUCUGCGCCCCUCCUCAGCGCCUCCUUCUUCAUCGGCGCCCGCUGCAAGGCCUACAACGAUGACUACAUGAUGUGCAAGACCGAGGCCAAUGGCCGGGGCGAGCUCGACUGCAUGAAGGAGGGCCGCAAGGUGACCAGAUGUGCCGCUAGCGUGAUCAAGGACAUCAACGAGAACUGCCUGGACCAGUUCCGCACCCACUGGCAAUGCCUCGAGAACCACAACCAGCAGCUCUGGAACUGCAGGUCCGAGGAGCGGAGGUUGAACAAGUGCGUAUUCGAGAAGCUGAAACUGGAAAAGACGAUACCAGAUGCGCCCAAAGGCGACACACCCGUCCAUCUGCGGGCGCGCAACAUUUUUUCUACUCACUGA